GUGAUAGCUUGCAACACGCGUGAGAGACGAGAGGAAGCAUGUUGGGAUUUCUUUGUCGUGCCGUUUUGUUUCUAAUGCUGGUGGGAGUAUGUUUCGCAAAUGACCAGGAUUGUGUCGUAACAACGCUGUUCCGAGCGGUGUCUAACUUGGAAGCGAACGUGAAGAAAAUAGAUAGUGACUUGCAGAAUGAAAGAGAGGAGAGAAUCAAAUUGCAGGAGGAGAACGUGGAAUUGAGAAAAAUUACAGCUCAGCUUCACAUCAUGCUUCUUAACCAAAGCUUGACUGUUAACGCAUGCUGCAUUGAGGAAAAACCUGCUGCUCAUCUCUAUGGGAGUGGUGUUCACGUUGCUCUUUCAGCCGGUACUCAUGUUACCUACUGGUCAACUAGUACAUCACCUCCAGGUUUUCUUCGAGGAGGAACUGUCUACAAUAAUGGAUACAUUACAGUUCCACGUGACGGAUUGUAUUAUGUAUAUUCUCAAUUUUGGUAUGACCGAGAAGGCGGUCAAAAUUACUGUUCAUUUCGGAUCAAGUUGAACGACACCAACAAUAUUGGCGGCGUUUAUCACUAUCGGCAAAACCCUGGUGGUUACGACGAAAGUCAAUACACAGGACUAACGGUUAUGCUGACAGCUAACGACCGGAUCUCUGUGACAGUGGGACAUACCUGCAACUAUGACUUUUACACAACGGACACGGCAUUCUUCGGAGCUUUCUACAUUGGUUAACUCUUAAAACAUUCGGUGAAAGCAGUACAGUUGCUGUCUCUCUCGUGUGCGCGUGUUUCUCUUUGAAUUAAUGAUGCUACGUCCAAUGUUUAUGUUUGCAUAUUUAUGGUAGAAUUAACUUCACACAUAACAAUUAUUGCGGUACUGCCACCAACAUCUGUACGUUAGUCAUUAUCCUACGAUAUAGUAUAAACUGUAGUAGACUCAAAUGUAUGCAUACUCGAUUGUAUGGUAACACCUACUGUAUAUAUUGGAUAAAAAAUGUCAAGACUAGUAGGAAACUAAACUGAAUACUGCUAUCUUGACUCUAU